CUACAGUUUGCUAGUCUGUCUAACAGUCAAUUCACAGUGGUGACAACAGAUGACGCACAUAAGUCUGUGGUAAGGUAGAUUCCUGUAAUCAUGCUAACAAAACGUCAUCCGCGACAUCAUCGAUCAUGGCAAUGACACCACUGCUGUCAGCCGCAGGUGUUUAUCUGACGGCCGUGUCGACCGCGGUUUGUCGCCGAUUAAAUUUGUUUGUGGACAUGGCUCCGAAAGUGGUGUUUGUCCUGGGAGGCCCUGGGGCCGGAAAGGGUACGCAGUGCCAGCGUAUCGUACAGAAUUACGGCUACGUGCAUCUGUCCGCAGGGGACCUGCUUAGGGCCGAGAGACAGAGGUCGGGCUCCAAAUUGGGGGAACUGAUCGAGGGGCACAUCAGAAAUGGUACAAUAGUUCCUGUAGAAAUUACCUGUAGCUUGCUAGAAACAGCAAUGAAAGAGUCUGGUAAGGAGAAAUUUCUCAUAGAUGGCUUUCCCAGAAACCAAGACAACUUGGACGGAUGGAGACGUCAACUAGGAGACAGAGUUGAUAUGCAGUUUGUCCUGUUCUUUGAUUGUCCAUUAGAGGUGUGCCUAGAGCGCUGCCUGAAACGCGGCGCAAGCGGUAGUGGGCGAUCGGACGAUAACCCGGAAAGCCUGAAAAAGCGGUUCAACACUUACCUGAACGAAACUAAGCCCAUUAUCGAUUUCUACGCGAAAAGCGACCACGUGCGGAGGAUAGACGCCACCAAGGGCGAGGAGGAGGUCUACCAGGAGGUCCAGAAGAUCUUUGAUGAGGUCGCCACGCCUACGGACGCAUCCUCGGGGGAUAACUAGGUGGGGAGGGGAAGGUGUCCAGCUGAUUGAUUCGAUUUAUCUGUUUGAAUAAAACGGUGGCAAUAUUCCUAACAAGGAGGUACUGCAAGUUAUCUAUUAUAAGACGGUGUUGGAAAGGAAUCGUGAGAUUACCGUAGCUACCUGAGUAAAGUAAGUUCAGAAAUAGCACAGAAAUUACCUAUAACUUCAAAGAGACCUUUAUUGGAUUUUGCAGGAAUUGGGUAUUUUAAAAAUUUUCUACAGUCUAUUAGUCGUCUAGACCAGUUAGGUGAAAAAUAAAGCUUCCACCUUUAGUUGGGUACUUCGACAAGAUUCAAGCAAUGAGGACUCUUUAUUAUACUUUAUUAGUCUCUAGCUUUCAAUGGACCAUGCCAUCAUCAUCAGGAGCUACAAUAACAUUAACAAGGAAUACUAACUAUUGUGCAAAAUUAUUUUAAAUUACUUACAAUAGUAUGUGAGAUUGUUGCUAAAUGUUUCCCUCAACUUAACCUUUAAUAACAUUUAGCAACAAUCUCACAUAAUAUUGUAGUAAGUAAUUUAAAAUCAUUUUGCACAAUAGUUGCUAUUCCUUCUUAAUGUUAUUGUAGCUCGUGAUGAUGACGGCAUAGUCCAUUGAAAGCUAGAGACUAAUAAAGUAAAAAGAGUCCUUAUUGCUUGUAUAUAUAUGCUUGAGUUACUUCCUACUGUCCGCUGUUUCGACCAUUUAUUUGCGGUUACUGUAUGUGAACCGUCAAUCCAUGAAUAUAACUUUUAUGUAUUUUUCUUUCGUGUCGCUUGUGACAAAGUUUUUUGCAAAAACAACGAUAUAAAUUUUUAUUGAGAUAAACAUUUUUCUUGCAGAACUUGAAAAAUAAUCGGGUACGUUUUUAUUCUCAUUUAAGUAUUUACUUAUAUUUGAAUCAUAUUUAUUAAAGUUGACGUUGUACCACAAAAGAGUUGCGUGUAGCAAUCACAGGCAUAACUAAGGAAUAACCUCGUUUCAUCACGAUGCCUUUUUUUGCAAUCACCGUCCUGUCAAAUCUGUCGUUUUUCGUGUCUACGUUUGACAGCUUUGACCCCCCACCAACACUAGCGCCACCUAGCGGGAGCAAAAUCGGACGAACGACACCGUGUAUCUUUAACAUUUUUAUUUUGUACCCUAGUGAUAUUGCCACCUUCUGAAACCCGUGUAUUAUCGUAAGCUAGCAAAUACUGGACGUUCGCGUUAGGUUUAAGCGGCACGUUACUAAAGAUGUAAAUUUUAAUUUCUAGCGAUGUUAAUUUAUGAUUUCUUGAAAAUAGUUUGAAUAUGUGACAAAAGGUGUAAAUGCUUAUUUCCAGCACUUAUAUGAGUACAAUUGAUCAUUCCUUUGUGAAACUCGUUGAUAUUUGUUCCAUGUGCUUGUUCAGAUUCUAUAUGUAUAAAUAGCGAUUUUUGUAAAUGUUGUUAGAAUCAGAUCUAUGUUACCUGAGAUAAUCCUAAACCUAUAAUUGCCAUAAAUAAAUACAACAGUUGUUA